AUGGGAACGGAAAUUCGUCAUUCAGCCGACAACAAAGUCCAUUACAUAGUAAACCUAGAUUACAAUGGAAUUCAACAUGCCGGAACUACAUUUGAUUUAACAGUUCGAGGAACUGCUGCAGGUGGAAGUGCACCUACUGCAACGGCAGUUUUGAAAAAUAUGGGAAUUGAUGGGUUUACAGUUCCACCAAUAAUCAACAGUGACGGAACUCCUUAUAAUUAUGAUGAAGUUAUCAAAAAAUCUAUUUUAUUCUAUGCCGCACAGAGAUCUGGAAAACUUCCGGCAGACAACCCUAUACCAUGGCGAAUGGAUUCUGCAUUACAUGACAGUGGAGACAAUGGCGAGGAUUUAACUGGUGGAUGGUAUGAUGCUGGAGAUAAUGUUAAAUUUGGAUUUCCAAUGGCAGCAUCAACCACGUUGCUUUCAUGGAGUCUUCUACAAUACAAAGAUGCUUACCAGGCCAGUGGACAACUUGAUGCUAUGUACGACUGUAUAAGAUGGCCUCUAGAAUGGUUGAUUAAAUGUCAUACAGGAACAAACGAACUUUAUGUUCAGGUAGGAGAUGGUCAAAAGGAUCAUGGCGUUUGGGGCAGACCAGAAGAUAUGAAAAUGGACAGACCAGCUUAUAAAAUCACCGCAAGCAAACCCGGAAGUGACGCAGCUGGAGAGUAUGCUGCUGCUAUGGCUGUUGGUUCUAUACUGUUUAAAGACAAAGAUCCUGCUUUUUCUGCAAAACUCUUAACACACGCAAAACAAAUUUAUGAUUUCGCAAAAACUUACCAAGGAAAAUACAGUGUUAGUGUUACUGAAGCAGCUGCUUAUUACAGUUCCGAUAACUUUGCUGAUGAAUUAUCUUGGGCAGCUGUAUGGCUUUACAUGGCAACCAAUGUGUCUCAAUACCUGACUGAUGCAGAAAGUUUUUACCUGCCAGGACCAGCAUGGGGUCAAUCAUGGGAUGACAAAAAUGCGGGAAAUAUGAUAUUGUUGUAUAAAAUAACAAGCAAAGACAAAUAUAAGCACGACAUUGAAGCAACAUUUACCAAUUGGUUACCUGGUGCUACACUAGCAGGACGAAUUCCCUACACUGCUAAAGGGCUGGCCUUCAGAUCAGUAUGGGGAUCACUUAGAUAUGCUUCAAAUAUGGCUUUCAUGGCAUUGUUGGCUGCUGAAACAGGAUUGCAUCCAACAGAAUAUAGAAAAUGGGCAAAAAGUCAAAUUGGAUAUGCUCUAGGAGAUACUGGAAGAAGUUUUGUAGUUGGGUUUGGUGUAAACCCACCUACACAGCCCCAUCAUAGAGCAAGUUCAUGUCCAAUGAUCCCUGCUCCAUGUUCAUGGGCUAAUCAACAGGAAAAAGGAGCAAAUCCACACACAUUAUAUGGCGCUUUGGUUGGUGGUCCUGAUCAAAAUGACAAGUAUACAGAUAGCAGGAACAAUUAUAUCAAUAACGAAGUGGCGUGUGAUUACAAUGCCGGUUUCCAGGGUGCUGUUGCAGGUCUGAAAUCGCUUCAUCUGAGGAACAUUCUAGACAAAUAAGAAAUAAAACAAUAAUAAUAGUAAAACAA